AUGGAGAUUGCAGUCGAUAUACAUAACUACGGGAGACGGAGAGAGUAUGAAAAAGGACGAAAGGACAAGAGUGAAAAAAUGAGCAAAGGGCGUCGAGGUUGGCAUAGCAAGUGCAUCGCAACUCCAUCGCCAGCGGGUACUUGCAUGUAUCUUUACAUACAUCGCACUACUGCGAGGUACAUCAUCGAUACAUUCAUCGAUGGUCGACACGUGCAGCCGCUAUGGACGAAGAUUUGCUGGCCCGGCCAGCAUCUCGCCUCCAACACUUCCUUGAGUAUAAAAUAUGGACCGACUAGCAAGCAACACAAAACGCCGCCCAAAUUAAGAAGCUCGAUGAGGGCAGAUGCGCGCGAUAUGCGCCGGGCCUCGAAUCAGAAGCUGGUUCCGCCUGCACAUUUUUGGUUCAACGAUCCAGCAUGA